AACUGCGCUGCUAACGCCGAGCGCUCACAGUCUACUGCGCAGCGGAGCGGAGAGCAGCGCGCCGGACAGCCGGCGGCAGGGGACGACCAGCCCACCAGCUCCCUUCAAGCUGCCGGUCCAGCAGGGGAAAUUCCACAGCUGCUCUGACAGAAGAAAUUAGUUUCAAGCCUAACAAGCCAAAGUCGAGCCAAAGUGACAACAGCAAAAACACUCCAGAAACUCAGCAAAGAAGCAAAAAUGGGUAAAAAAUACGAUUUUCCCGUGGAUAAACCAAAACAGGAUCAGAAUGGAGACGUUAGUAAGGAAAAAACAGAUAAAAAAGAAGAGGAAAAAUUGCCAAUGGUGGGACCAAUAGAAAUAUUCCGUUAUGCGGACAGUGUGGACAUUCUGCUGAUGUUGGUUGGGAUGGUCAUGGCUAUGGCCAAUGGAGCAGUACUUCCUGCCAUGGUGAUUGUAUUUGGUGACAUGACAGACAGCUUUAUGAACAACGAAAUAGCAGGGAACUUGGAAAACAUCACUCUUCCCCCAAAUUUUACCUUUGAAUUUUCCAACACAACACUGGGAGAAGAGAUGACAAGAUAUGCUGUUUACUACAGCAUCAUGGGAGGUGUAGUCCUUUUUGCAGCUUACAUGCAAGUGGCCUUCUGGACCCUGGCUGCUGGGCGUCAGGUAAAGAGGCUCCGAAAGUUGUUCUUCCACUCCAUCAUCAAGCAGGACAUUGGCUGGUUUGAUGUGAACGAGACAGGACAGCUCAACACACGUCUCACAGAUGACAUCUAUAAGAUCAACGAAGGUAUUGGAGAUAAGUUGGGCAUGUGUAUUCAGUCUAUGACCACCUUCCUAACUGGCUUCAUCAUCGGCUUCAUCAAAGGCUGGAAACUCACUCUUGUCAUCCUGUCCAUUAGCCCCCUGCUUGUCGUUUCAGCUGCAAUCAUUGCCAAGGUGAUGACAUCAUUCACCUCCAAGGAGCAGACUGCGUAUGCAAAGGCUGGAGCUGUAGCUGAAGAGGUGCUGUCCGCCAUCAGGACCGUUUUUGCCUUCGGAGGCCAGAAAAAAGAACUAAAGAGGUAUCAGAAAAACCUUGAGGAUGCUAAGAAUGUGGGUAUAAGAAAAGCUAUCAUGGUGAACAUUUCUGUAGGAUUCGUGUACUUCAUGAUCUACAUGUCCUAUGCUUUGGCCUUCUGGUAUGGCAGUACACUGAUUAUAGCAAAAGAGUACCAGGUUGGGAAUCUACUAACGGUUUUCUUUGCUGUCAUAAUCGGAGCAUUCGGCAUUGGCCAGACGUCACCAAAUAUCCAAGCGUUCGCUAGCGCACGUGGAGCCGCUCACAAGGUUUUUAGCAUCAUCGAUCAUAAACCAAGCAUCGACAGUUUCUCAGAAGAAGGCUACAAACCUGACGUAGUUAAAGGGAACAUUGAGUUCAGAAAUAUUCACUUCAACUAUCCCUCACGGCAGGAUGUGAAGGUCCUUAAUGGUAUGAAUCUUAAAAUCAGAAGUGGACAGACUAUUGCCCUUGUAGGUAGCAGUGGUUGUGGCAAGAGUACAACAGUUCAGCUACUCCAGCGCUUUUAUGACCCGCAAGAAGGAACAGUGACCAUAGAUGAUCAUGACAUUCGCUCGAUGAACGUACGCUGUCUGAGGGAACUGAUCGGUGUGGUGAGUCAGGAGCCGGUUCUUUUCGCCACUUCUAUUGCCGAGAACAUCCGUUACGGACGUGAGGAUGUCACACAGGAGGAGAUCGAGCAAGCCACGCGUGAAGCCAACGCCUAUGAUUUCAUCAUGAAACUCCCUGAUAAAUUUGAAACCCUUGUGGGAGACAGGGGCACUCAGAUGAGUGGUGGACAGAAACAGCGAAUUGCCAUUGCACGAGCACUUGUACGCAAUCCCAAGAUCCUCCUGUUGGAUGAAGCUACAUCUGCUUUGGAUACAGAGAGUGAGGCGAUUGUACAAGCAGCUCUGGAUAAGGUGAGACUUGGGAGGACGACCAUUAUAGUGGCCCAUCGUUUGUCCACUAUUCGCAAUGCUGAUGUAAUUGCUGGAUUCCAGAAUGGCAAAAUUGUAGAGCUGGGAACACAUGAUGAGCUAAUGGGGAUGAAAGGAGUUUAUCAAUCUCUCGUUACUAUGCAGACUUUUAAUAAGUCAGAAGACGCAGAUGACAGUGCAGAAGAUAUAGGUCUAAACGAGAAGAGUCCUUCUGUCAGCUCCAUGACGGAGCAAACUCUCUUCAGACAAAAAUCCAAGAGCUUCAUUGGCUCUGAAAAAGAGCAGAAGGAGGAAAAAGAACCAGUGCAGGAGGAAAAAGUUCCAGAUGUGUCAUUCUUCACAGUUCUCGGUCUGAAUAAGACUGAAUGGCCCUACAUGGUACUGGGUGUCUUCUGUGCUAUCAUCAAUGGAGGCAUGCAGCCUGCAUUUGCUAUCAUCUUCUCCAAAAUUAUUUCUGUGUUUGCUAAUUUAGAUGAGGACAUUGUAAGAGAGAGGACGAAUUUCUUCUCAUUGAUGUUCGCUGUGAUUGGGGCUGUUUCCUUUGUCGCGCUGUUCCUACAGGGUUACUCUUUUGGUAAAUCUGGUGAGAUUCUGACUAUGAGGCUGAGGUACAGAGCCUUUAGAGCCAUGCUGAGACAGGACCCUGGCUGGUAUGAUGAUCCUAAGAAUAGUGUGGGCGCUCUGACAACCAGGCUGGCAACAGACACUGCUCAAGUGCAGGGAGCCACAGGAGUGAGAAUGGCUACCUUGGCUCAGAACGUGGCCAAUCUGGGCACGUCCAUCAUCAUCUCAUUUGUAUACGGCUGGCAGCUCACCCUCCUUAUACUUUCCAUCGUGCCAAUCAUGGCUGUUGCCGGGGCGAUCCAGAUGAAGAUGUUAGGAGGCCACGCUGUAAAAGACAAGAAGGAGUUAGAACUUGCUGGAAAGGUUGCUACAGAAGCCAUAGAAAAUAUUCGCACAGUCGUGUCACUCACCAGAGAGAGCAAGUUUGAGAUCUUGUACCAACAGAACCUGGUUGUGCCUUACCAGAAUGCCAAGAAGAAGGCUCAUAUUUUCGGCCUGACAUUUUCUUUCUCCCAAGCCAUGAUCUAUUUUGCUUACGCUGGUUGCUUCAGAUUCGGCGCUUGGCUCAUCGAGCAGAAGAUGAUGGAUUUUGAGGGUGUUUACCUUGUAAUAUCAGCAGUAAUGUAUGGAGCCAUGGCGGUGGGAGAAGCAAAUUCGUUUACUCCGAACUACGCCAAGGCCAAGAUUUCUGCCUCUCACGUCUUAAUGCUCAUCAAUAGAGUUCCGGCUAUCGACAACGAGUCUGAAGAGGGAGAAAAGCCGGAGGACUUUGAGGGUAACGUGCGCUUCCACGAUGUGCACUUUAAAUAUCCGUCACGACCAGACGUGCCUGUUCUACAGGGCCUCCGGCUCCGAGUGAAGAAGGGCCAGUCUCUGGCUCUGGUCGGUAGCAGUGGCUGUGGCAAGAGUACCACUAUCCAGCUGCUGGAGAGAUUCUAUGACCCUAUGCAGGGUGCAGUGAUGCUGGACGAUAAAGAUGCCAAGCAGCUGAACAUACACUGGCUGCGCUCCCAGAUUGGCAUCGUAUCCCAGGAGCCUGUGCUGUUUGACUGCAGCCUGGCUGAGAACAUUGCAUACGGAGACAACAGCAGACAGGUCACGCAAGAGGAAAUAGAACGAGCUGCUAAGGCUGCUAACAUACAUUCCUUCAUCCAAGAGCUGCCUCAGAAAUACUUGACUCAGGCUGGUGAUAAAGGCACUCAGCUCUCAGGUGGACAGAAGCAGCGUAUUGCCAUAGCAAGAGCCAUCCUCCGCAACCCCAAACUUCUGCUACUGGACGAAGCCACAUCAGCACUGGAUACAGAGAGUGAAAAGAUCGUGCAGGAGGCACUGGAUAAGGCUCGUGAGGGACGUACGUGUAUUGUUGUGGCUCACCGGCUGUCCACCAUUCAGAAUGCUGACGUUAUUGCUGUGUUUCAGAACGGUGUGGUAGUGGAGCAGGGCACGCACCAGCAGCUUCUCAACCAGCAGGGGGUGUACUACACCCUUGUAAAUUCACAAAUGGGUGCUGGGAAAUAGGACCAACAGGGGCACUGUGCUGGAACUGGAGUUCUACUAUACGCACACACACAUACUACAUUUACACUCAAGAGGAUGAGGGAGAGCUAAGGCUCAUUUGUGGAAGAAGCCGAUUUGAGCCAGGCAGGUUCUGAGGUGAGGAUGACCUGGUUUCAGGUGUUAUUUAUUCAUCACUUUAGUGCAGAGAUGAAAAAGAGGCACAUUUUGAAUGUUUGAGCAUUUUUUAUUUCAAAGCAAAUCAGCCAUCCACCCAAUUGACAAUUUAAGUGCAUGCGUCUUAUUUUUUAGUUUUCUUCAGUUUCCUAGGGAGGGCAGCUGCAGUUAGGAUGUAACCGGUCCCUUUCUCCACUAAUGUAUGAUUCAUAGUUGUCUUAAAAAUCUAAUAUUCUUCAACUGAGAAUGUCAUUUUAAAAGAUACCAAAAUAUGAUUCAAACAAUCAAAACUGCUGCUUACAACAUUCUUUUGAUCUCUCAUUAAAUAAACAUUAAAAGUCGUUUGCUUUAAAAGAAAAUCUUCAAAUAGCUUUAACCAGACAGAAAUUCUAUAAUUUUAUACUCUAAAAGCAGAGAAAGAGUCAAAAAUCAUUUGAAUAAAAUAAUCAAUACAGUUACAGUGCAGCGUCUGACACAAACAAACUUGGCGCCAUAAAAACGUAUAAGUGGUAACUAGUAAUUUGCAAAACUAAAUUAUAACAGAAGAAAUCAGAAAACAAGUGUGAACUGAAAUGUUAAGGCUGCAUGAUUACAGUGCUUUUGCAUUGAUUUGUGCACAAAUAAGAGUUCUUCGUGUUUCAGAUUAAUACAAUCACAAUACAGUGUGUACAGGUGCAUUUACUGUGCAUUUGGUUUUAAAAGCCCACUAGCUGCUCUAAAGCAAGACCUAAAGGAUCAUCAUGAGAGCUACCAUGGCACAAUGCUGACAGUUUAGUCUGUAGGAAUCGCAUGUGGGUAAAGGCUCUGAAUAAGGCAGCAAGGUCCUGAGGCUCAUUAAAAGAAACAGAAUAACGUAUUUGAUGCUCGUCCUGUUAGUCACUCACUGCUGUGUCUGGAUGUGAAGGACAACUUUAGUUAAACUAAAAUCACAAACAAUAUAGAGAAAAACACAUUUUUUAAAACUUAGAAAAAAAGAUCUUCCACUGUGCCAGUCAGUCAUUAUUAUUAUUAUUAUACUAAAUUUCACAUGUAUUGGGAGGAAAAAUGACAAAUAACUUGCUACUUGAAAGUUUCUAUACAUGCCUGCAUAGCUCAACUGAAAUUCUCUUAAACUUUAUUGAACGAAGUUUUUUUUUUUUUUUUAUCACAAGGAUUAUUAUUAUUAUAAUUAUCAGAAUUAAUGUUGCAGUAACUACACACCAACUGCCAUAACAUUAAAACCACCUGCUUAAUAUGGUGUAUGACCACGUUCCAACAACACAGCUCUGAAACAUUCUCUUCCCUUGUGCUUUAAUCAUCCUUUUCUUAUUUCUUAUUCUUAUCCCAUCACAGAUCUUGUGAAACCUGCUCAGAUUCUUCUUACACUUGCACAUUUUUUU